GUGUUGAUGCAUGAACUAUAGAUGGUAUAUUUGUCAACAAACGAGCAAGAGCGAAGGAAUAUAAUAUACAUUAUUUAAGAAAACAGAAAAGUUUUUAUUUCAAAUUAAUGAUUAUCUGCCUGUUUCAAAAUUCAUUUCAUUUGUGUUUUUAUUUGUUUACUAACAGCGUCAAAUGAAGGAUUUUGAAAUAUUUCAAUCUGUCUGAAUAUUUAGAACAUCAGUAUAAGGGUAGCUGAUUUUCCCACAAAAGGAGAAUGCAGUAAUUGACCAGCAGAGUAAUAAAAUUCUUAAAAGUCAUGGCAGCUGAAAAUUUCAAAGUUAAAAGUCUUGAAAAUUCCAGUGGGAAACAACAAAAUAUUUCACUCAAAAAAGUUUUACCUCCAACACCUGCUAUUGGAGAUGUAUCAAACUCAACACUUGGUCUUUUGGACAGAAAUACCAAUUCAAAGCAGACACAAGCAUAUAGUGCAUUUUUCUUAGAAUAUUCUUUGAUCUCAGAAUAUCUUCUGCUCCAAAAGCAGUUUCUUUCUGGUGUUUAUGUUAUUCCAUCUGCAGGCUCACCUUUGAUGCUUUUUCCUCUCUCUCUAGAAUGGUUCGGUGUUAUUUUUAUCCGCCAAGGAUUAUAUCAAGGAGGUGUUUUUAGAUUUACACUUUAUGUACCUGAUAAUUAUCCAGAUUGUGAAUGCCCAAUUUUAGUAUUUGAUCCUCCGGUGUUUAACCCUUUAAUAAAUAUUGAAACUGGUGAAUUAGAUGUCAAAAGAGCAUUUCCAAAAUGGAGGAGAAAUGUGAAUCAUUUGUGGCAAGUUAUUCAGUAUGCAAAACGAAUAUUUUUCAAGAUUGAAACUGAAUCUCCAGUAAAUGUGGAAGCAGCUGAGUUGUAUGUAAAAGAUUUGGAAUUGUACAAAGUUAAGGCAGCUGAGAGUAUAAGUGCAUGUAAUGAGAGGUUAUAUGAAAAGCCAAAUACUGAUGAUCCUCAUGCCCUCCAUUUCACUCCUUGGGAUCCUUCAGUCCAUGAAGAUUUUAGAAAAAAGUUAUUCACAUACAAGAAAGAAGAGCAAGAUGGUUCUAAGAAUUCUCAGAAUGGGCUUUCUUGGAUGCAACCUGGAAGUCUGCAGAUAUUUUCAAAGACUCUUGCAUGAAUAUAAAAUAACAUACUCAGAAACAUGAAGGAAAAAAAAAUAAAGGUUAUGUAAAGUAGUAGUUUACAUAGCCAUUUUAUACUAAAGCUAUUAAAAUAAACAGUGAUGUUGAUUCAUCUUUUACAAUUGCAGUAAUACCACACAAGAGUUAUUUAUUUUAUAUUAAACUUGGUUUGUAGAAAUGUUAUAUUUAUUGACUGUGAUAUUCAGAUAUCUGUAAUGCACAGAAUAAAAUAUCUUAUGUAAAUUUUA